UUAUUUAACCAAUUAUAUUAAAAAUAUUAAAAAAUAACUGGUUGUAAACAACUUCGCAACAUGUGGAACACGUAAUAAUGUGUUUAACGAAAUUUAAAAACGCAACCUCAAAUGACAUGAAAGUAAACAUAAUUAGGUGACUUAUUUUAUUGCUUCACUUGCAAAGCACACAUUGCACACGUUCAAAGCUUAAUGAAAAUACAUUGCAUGAAAUAAGAACAUGAGUCAAGUUGACUGUGAUACAAAUAUUCAAAAUGACAAUGAUUUAAACAGUCAAAAGAAAAAUAAUAGUGAAGUAUCAAAAAUAUUAAAGGCUAGAAGUCGUUUAAUUUCAUAUGACUCAAUUAAAGAAUCAUAUCCCGAAGAUAAGUCAGAUCAACACAAUCCAAUUCACAUCUCGAAAUCUUUUCCAAAUAGCCAUGGAAACUGGAUAGAUGCAAUUAAAAAAGCUAAAAAAGUUAAAGAUCCUUGGGCUGAAUUCAACAUUGCUGAACUAUACCCAACUGAAAGAGUGCAAAGAUAUCGUUACCAAGCUUCAAAAAAAAAAUGGAUCCAAGAUAUUAUAUUUGUAAAGAUGGAAACAGAGCCAUUUGCAAAGGGUGCUAUGAGGAAAUGUUUUAGAAUGAAGAAACUCCCAACUACUGUUCAUACUAAUGACUGGGCAUAUGCUAAUAAUAUAGUUGCAAAAAUACAUAUGAAUGAGACAAUUAUGGCAAAGCAGUACUUUGAUGAUGUUAAACUACAAAUGGAUGCUAAACUUUGGGCAGAAGAAUAUAACAGAAGAGAUCCUCCAAAGAAGAUAGACAUAAUGCAACAGGCCUGUUGCAAGUUUAUACAUCGAGAAGGCCAGCCAAUGUAUCAUAUUGAGAAUUUCAUUGAAGGAAAUUAUGUUAAAUAUAACUCUAAUACAGGGUUUGUACUUCAUGAAGAAGAUACACAUGUUCGAGCAACACCGCAGGCUUUUAGCCAUUUUACAUUUGAACGGUCUGGUCAUCAACUUAUUAUUGUAGAUAUUCAAGGAGUAGGAGAUCUGUACACAGAUCCUCAAAUUCAUACUGCAAAUGGAGAUGAUUAUGGUGAUGCUAAUUUAGGAACGAAAGGAAUGGCAUUAUUUUUUGGCACUCACCAGUGCACAGAAUUAUGUGAGAAAUUGAACCUUAAAAAGUUUGAUUUAUCUGAAGAGGAAAAGAAAAGAAUCGAUAACGCUGGUUCAAAAUCAAGUUCAAGUACUGAACUUAAAUCUGAUACAUUUAGUGGGAGCUCUCGCAGAAUUUCAGUCAAUUUUGAAAUUAUUAAAAGUAUAAGUUCAUCAAGUUUGCAGUCAAAUGAAGAAUUUUCAGAACCCCCUUCACCUCGAAAUGUCUUUGAUGACGGCAAUGAUGUAAAUAACUAUUUUGAGCAACAUUUACACAUAUCUUCUUCAGCUGCUCCAAUGGAAGAGCUAACUCAAGAGCUGAUAAAAGAUAGGCUGAAUGGUCUUGCUAACUUUCAAGAGCAGCAAAUUUCUACACUCGGAAAGGUUCACUUUGAACUAGCAACUUAUAACUACAUUGGGCGGUUUACUGACACAAAACCAGAUUUCUCAUCUGCACUAUUUCAUUUAUACCAAGCUGCAUCAUGUGGUGAUCUUUCUGCAAAUAAAAUCCUUGCAUACAAGUACUUUAAUUUUCACACAGAUGAAUUUGAAGAUCUUCUUAUCCAGGAAGAUCAUGAUCUAGGAAUGAAUUUCAUGAUUGAAGCUGCUACUCGUAAUGAUAAAGAUUGCAUGAUGAAAACAGCAAAAGCAUUUGAUACAGGAAUUAUGCUGGGGAAAAAAAGGAGUCAAUGCUGGAAAGAAGCAUUAAAAUGGUAUGAAGCUGCAUUAAAUCAUCAUUCUGCUUUUUCGUGCUUGGAUUCCGAUCCAAAACACAUGAUUAAAGCGCGUAUGGCGGAAAUAUGGAGGUGUGGUGGCUACGGAGUAGAAAAAGAUCCAAGUUACGCCGGAGAACUUUACAGCUCAGCUGCUGAAGAUGCUCUUCAAUUAGGGAAGGGAAAAUUAGCGAAUUCGUAUUUGAUGCUGGCUGAAGAAUCUUUCGGAGAAGUCGAGGAAUAGUAGAAUAAUUUAAAUAGAAACAAUAACUUUUUUUUUUUUUUUAAAUAACGUUUUUGUUUUUAGUGGAAUUGUUUGGGAAAUCAGUAAA